AUGGCCGACCGCGACAAGCAAAACAAGUACAAGCAGGAGAUUCAACAGGUCAGUAACCGUCCCGGUUCUUUGCGUCCUUUAUGCAUCUCCAUGUUCUUUUCCGUGUCGUGUCCUGCAUCUCCUGUCUCCGGCACACUGCAAAGUGUAGCAACUUCGACGCGACUUGGACGGUGGAGGCUUCCACUCUACGAUGACAAAGAUCGGUAUCGUUCUGUGUAA